AUGUUCAAGAACAAGCAUAAGUUCGAACUACCAUCUUUCAGACGCGAAAAUUCAUCAGACAAGGAGCUCGGUGUAUCUAUCUUGCCAGCUGCCGACGAUAACUCCGCCGUCAAUUCUCCAGCAAUAAGCCAAGUUACCACAGCAAAUGAACAGCUGGGUAGUCUACGCAAUCCGCCAACGGACGCGAGCCUCGUUAGCAACGGCAAUGAACCAAGGGAAUCGGCGGACGACAAAUCGAACGGUUCUACGCCGGAAGUAGAGAAGGUUGAUACCAAAGAUCAACUCCUAGGCAGCAUACGCGAUGCAGCCAUGAAAUCGAGCCUCGUUAUGGGCGCUAAGGAACUGAGAGAAUCUGCAAACAGCGAAAUGGCCAGGGUAAAAGGUAUCGUGACAAAAGAGAAUAGCUCCAAUGAUGAAAAGCUCAGAGGUCUUCUUCAUCUUAUCCUUAGGUCUAGCACGGAGCCUAGACUUUACAACGAUUACUUGGACAAGUCAAUGGACGAAGACUCCGACCUUCUUAUCAGCUCAUUCGCUGGACAAGUAGAUGACAACUCAGUUCCGCUUCGAAUGUUUGACUUGGAUACCAUGAAUUUGGUUGAUACGGGCUUCUUUGGAGAGGAAGAUCAAUAUUGCAUGCUGUCCCAUAGUUGGAAAGGUGCAGAAAUUGACUAUGCGCUUGUCUGCGAAGCCCAACGUGCUGAGGAGGCCCCGGGAGGAUUGGCUGGGUACAAUGAUAUGGAUGCGGUUCUCACUCUCUGCGACCAGAAGAUCAAUACAAUCGCAGGGAAAUUGCGCAAGUUGUUACAGGAGAGACCAGAUGCAGGGAAAUCAAUCCGGAAACUGCUCGUAACGUCUCUCAGGGUGUCCAUGCUAGAAAGAGAUGUGGUCGAUACCAAGCAAAAGCGGACCGUCGAGGAUGCAAACAAGAGACAGGCAGAUCUGGAGCAAACCAAUUACCAGAAAUUGUUAGACUUCCUGAAAGAAGUUGAGAGUCUACCAAGCCUAGCGAAGCAACAAGAAGAUGCAGAGAAGAGGGCCAAAAAUGCGGCGGAAAAGUACUUCAGCGCGGAGCAUGAUUACGCAUCAGAGAAAUCUAGAAUCUCGAAAUAUCGAUCAAAUCGCCAAUUGUCAUAUGAGAUGGACGAUUUGCUAAGGGCUUUGCAGCAGAAGAGGUCGGCACGGAAGCUUCAAGAGUCUAUCAGUCGCGCGCGAGAAAUUUUUGAGAACAGACCCUUCUCCAAGACGGGUAGACGAUAUAUUUGGCUGGAUAACUGCUGUAUCAACAAGAGACAGGACGCUGAAUUGAGUGAGUCCUUAGCACGCAUGGGAGAAUGGUACGCAAACGCAGACUUUUGCCUGGUCCACCUGGAUACUCCGUGGGACAACCGGGAAUGGUUGGAUGAGUGGGACCUGUGGUGCAAAAGCAAAGACAAUAUUGAAGAGGAGGAGCCGGAUCACUCCGAGGAUAGCGACGUGGUCAGUACAACUAUGAAGACAAAGCCUCGGUGCCAGCCUGUCUCGCGCUUUGACGAAGUCAAAGAGUGGAAGCCAACAUGGGCUACCAGAGGCUGGACACUGCAGGAACUGGUGCUCAGCAAAAUGACGUUUUACGCCAACGCAGACUGGAAGAUGCUGUCGCGGCCGGUUGACAGUUUGGGGUUCUAUUAUCACUUUUGCCCCUUCAUUGAUUUUUACACCCAGAACCUCAAUUACGUCAACGGCAAGGCACCGAAAGUCGUCAAUGAUGUAUUGAACCAUCACCGGGUAAAAAAGGCACUGGAAGAAAUGGCAGUCGCGGAGGAAAGAGAGAUGAGUGAGAAGAAAAGAAUCAGUUCCACCACACCGGGUGAGGCAGAAGAGACGAUUGGCGCAGAGAGCAUCAUCCGCGCUCUGAAGCUCUUUGGAUAUGCCGCGCCCAAGAACUUGGAUAAGCAAACGGCGAGAGCUCGUAUCAGCUACUCUGUCCAACUCGUUGUCGAAGCAUUCAAGGACAAGCCAAGCUACGCUGACCCGGAUGACAUUAGAGAGCUGAUCUUGAAGAUGGUUUCUGAGCGCUAUAAUGGACUGACACGAGAGAAGGCAGUAAGGCGAACAAUCAACCUGCUGCUUGGAGCCCUCGCACGCAAGGCAACCGAGCCCAUAAGGAAUGAUCGUAAAAAGAUCGCCGAGUUCAGCAACGUCGAAGGCCUGAGCAGCUGGUGGAAUGGCACGGAGAGGAGCCGUUUCUCUGCUCAUAGCGUUAUGAUGCUGGCAUCGCAUCGACAGUGCACCAAGGCUAUUGAUAAGGCGUACUCGUUGAUGGGUGUCCUUGGAGUGCAGUUCCCAGCGUUCCCAGCCGAGGGCCUUACCAAGGCUUUGUCGCGGCUAAUGGAUGAAGUGGUGAUCACCUCCAACGAUGUUUCUGUCUUCAACUGGACUGGCAAGUACAAUGGUAGCCCAAUACGCGGCCGGUCUUUGUACGCCUCGAACAUUGACGCCUUUUACACCGAGUCACGAUUCGAUGUCAAUGGUGAACUCGUCAGAUUUUUCCGAAAGGAUCGCACCAAAACCCUGACUAUCGCCAAAGGUAUUACUGACAUGCUGCUCAAUGCUAGCAACUUCGUCUCAACUUUCUAUCAGGACGAAAAAACGGUCAAUUUGCUUCUAGAGCUGGUCAAACUCAUCAGGAAAUAUGAUAGCCACACACUGAACAGGCUUCUACAUUUCCCUGAGCUCGUUAAGACACUGAAUAAUGCUGGCGACUAUGCACGGAGAACUAAGUCGGAAGAAGAUGCGAAACAGGAUGGGAAUGUGCAAAAGCCCGAUACGCCCCUGACUCCUCAGACCCCCCAGACACCUGAAGCUCCGGGGAUUGGGAGGAAGAAGUCAUGGGGAGUUAAGCUACCAAACCUUCACAAGGGGAGCCUUUUCAUGGAAGGUAAAGCAGCUGAGAAGGAAAAGUCAACAGAAAACUCCAAGAAGGCAGAACAAUUUGAAGCCGAGAUCCAGGAUGUUGUCCGCAUGGCGCUAGAAAGCGACCCUGCACACAGAGACAACGGAACUUCUGUUGGAAACGAUAAAUCUCCAGAUGAAAGCAAUGAAUCUGGAGCGCAGGCCAACAAAGUCAGCGAGCGUGACGAGCAGAUCAUCUGUCCGAACCCCAUUGUCGUGAACAGCUCUGGCAUCAAGGGUGUAUUUGACAUUCAGCGCAUUGUGGUAACUAUGCUGCAGCCGGAAGAGCUUCGUGCGAAGGUCAAAAAUGCCGCAAGUGAUAAAGAGAUGAUCGAUGGGUGGUGUACCAUAAGUACUGGAUUUACUCUCACGAUGGUGGCCUUCUGCUGUGAGCGAAAGGUCCUUGAGAGGCAACUGGACUUGGUCGAUGUAAUCGAGCAUACCGUCCUCAGAGAAGCUGCCCCGGCCAACACGCACACGCCCGCACAGGGUGAUGAAACCGAUGCACAGCCAGCAAACCCAAAGGACCAGCAAAUUAAACAAUCCAACGGCCAAGAUCCAGCGCCGGAUACGGCAUCUUCUCAGAAAACAGAAAACGUAGACCGCGACAGUCGGCCCAAACUUAAAAACUACGGCUCUUCAGCAGAGCAGAGACGAGUUUCUCGCAUGAUCGACUUUGUCACAGAAGCCAAUCUUCACGCUAUAGCCGGAGAAUGGGUUCUGGCACGUUUUUCUGGCACGCCAGGGGCGCAAUGGUUCCUUUGCAGAUUGGAACUGGGAACAGGCAAUGAAUUCUACGCCCGCCGAAUCGCCACAGACCUGUUCAGUUUUUCCAAUGCCGUUCCUGAGAAGGGCUUGGUCGAGUUUUGGCACAACUUCAUGCACAAAAAGAAAUUGGUUAUGUGCGAUAUGCUUGACCAUUACCUCGAUGCGCAGAAGGCAGGGACAUACGCAACUUGGUUUCACGAGAACCUCAAGGAGAGCUUCUCCUGGGGUGAGUCUAGUGAUGAUGAAGACGAGACUCAGCAAGGCAGACAAGAGAAGGCAAAACAACCAGAUCAGGAUGGCACCUUUACAUCAGCCGGCAAGGCUUUCAAAAUGGUUGGCUGGGGUAUCCGGUUCUUCUAUGAUAAAUACUAUGCUGGAUACUUGGAAGAUCGCCUCAAUGAAAUGGCUUUAGCCAAGAUACCGGUGAGUCUCCACGCCGCGAUCAAGGACCUCCACGAGGACAAAGUUCUUCUGCCAGUGAUGUUUCACUCUGGUAGGGACGUGCAUUUCUUUUAG